AAUUAAUGUAUGGUAAAGUAAGCGCCGCGAAGUCCUCGUCUCCCAGAUGUAUCGCAUGUACUCACAACCACAGUGUGUCAAUUUUGCACACAAUAAAGCAUGGUUGAUAGCACAACUGUUACGGUUUUGCUACUCGGAGACAGUGGAUGUGGAAAGACAACUUUCUUGUCGAGACUGAAAGCGCCAAAGCCAUUGACAGAGAACAUCCAAGAGCUUGAGAUUUCCUUACUCAAAGAUCAUGAUCAACCAUUUAUCUAUGACGUUCGUUUCUCAAAGAAGUCCUUCAGGGUAGAAGUGUAUGACACUGCUUCUCCGAACCAGCAUUGGUCAUCCUUGCGACCUGAUCUUGUUAUACUCGCGUAUGACAUAUCAGAUAGAACGACACUCGAUAGUUUAAAAGGGUGGCGGAGUGAGAUAACCAGAUACUUUCAAAGCGGCUCUGGUGAAAGAAUUCCUGUAAUGAUGCUGGGCUUAAAGCGAGAUCUCAGAACUGAAAAUGAUCAAAUAAUAUACCCACAAGAGGCUUGUCGCAUAGCACAAGAACUACAUUGUGACCGCUAUGCUGAAUGUUCUGCUGUUACUGGAGAACUCAUAGCAGAAGCUUUUGAAGAUAUCGCAAAAAUGGCAGCGAUGACGACAAUAGAGAGCGGUGCCCAGAGCGAGGGUGGCUGUACUAUUAUAUGAGAUCGAAUCGAGACAUCAAUUCGAUCCAAGUAGUUAGUCCAAGGAAGAAUAUUUACUUGCUCAUGGAUGCAACUUAGGGUUCGCCACUUGCUUAUAUCUACUCAAACAGACCUCAAUAAAAUUACUUAUCAUGAACC